UCCGUUUUAUUCGAGCUUCGUCCCCAAAUCUCUCGUCUUGUUCUUCCCGGGGCGAUUUUCCUCGCCGGAUCUGUGGAUCUCGCUCGGCGAGGGGUGGCUGCGGAGGGAUGAGUUGACCCUGCCGCCGAAGGAGAUGACGUCGGGCGCGAGGAUGGCGACGUGGAGGGAGCGGGAGAACAACAUGCGGCGGGAGAGGAGGCGGCGGGCGAUCGCGGCGAAGAUCUACGCUGGCCUCCGGGCGUACGGCAACUACAGUCUACCCAAGCACUGCGACAACAAUGCCGUGCUGAAGGCUCUCUGUGAGGAGGCCGGGUGGACCGUCGAGGAGGACGGCACCACCUACCGCAAGGGAAGCAGACCAGUCAAAUCUGUGGAGAUUGUCGGACCAUCGGCUUCCCCAAGCCCUUGUUCAUCUUACCAGCCAAGUCCUAGUGCAUCUUAUAAUCCCAGCCCAGCUUCAUCAACCUUAGCAAGUCCUGCAUCAUCAACUUUGAUCACGAAUGGCAAGAAUAUUAGCGAUGUUCGAGGCAACUCUCUGGCUCCAUGGCUUACAAACCUCCCUCAUCUAUACUUGCAUGGGGGAUCCAUAAGUGCACCUGUAUCCCCUCCACUGAGCUCCCCGUCUGUGCAAUCCCCACGCAUCGAAAAGGAUUGGAAUGAGUUAAACAGCCUGCCACCUUGGGCUGGUUUCAACCAUAAUUACUUACCAUCCUCCAUGCCGCCAAGCCCUGGUGCCUGGGCUACUCCUGAUUCUUCCAGGCUUGACGGUUUACGGCUGCCUUCUGGCGGCCCUUCUUCACCCACAUUCACCCUUGUGUCACCUAAUCCUUUUGGUUUUUGCAACGAAGUUAGUGGCUCCAGAAUGUGGACUCCUGGACAGAGCGGGACAUGCUCUCCGGUUCAGGGAGGGAACAACCAUGGUGAUGUUCAGACAUCCAAUGGCGCUUCGGAUGAUUUUGCAUUCGGUUGCAGCAACGAUACCGCUCCUACAGCUAUUGCAAUGGUGAAAGCAUGGGAGGGAGAGAGGAUCCAUGAGGUCUGCGCCUCCGAUGAAUUGGAGCUUACUCUGGGAUGUUCGAAAAUCAAAUCAAUUGCUUGAACGACAAUGGUGAAUCACACUUUCCCACUACUUAUGUCAAUUUUGAAGGAAAGAAGAUCUUUUAUUCAUCCAGUGUUCUUAGAGAUUGUUAACAUUCGUAGGGGAUUCAAAAGGUAAGGUUUUAGUCUCUUACCUUCAGCCUCUUUGCUCCUCUUUCCAAAAAAAGAAGUGAUCUUUCGUCUAACUCGAUUGCAUAUUGGUUAUGAAAUAGAGAUUGUUCCAGAGCAAAAUCUGAUAUAUCUACUCACUGAGAAAUGAAUAUGUGUUUAUACAAAAUGACUAGUUACUGAAAGUACACAUGUUACUGAAAUCA